UGUGUGUGUGUGUGUGUUUCAGUUGUUUCGACUCGCUGUGUUUGUUUGUGGCUUUUGUCAUAGCAUAAAGUAUCUUUGUAUUUUGUGACGAUCACACUCUCUUCUUCAGGUCUGUGGUUGUUCUCACCUCCAGGUGUUGCUGUUUCAAACCCUGUUCUUUUUAUCUGGCACAUGCAGUGAUGCAGAGUACCAUGCCGUCCUUGCUAAGUUUGCUUUCUGUUUGUGCCUCAAUCAUCAUCCUCAUCUAGUAAUGGUGGAUAUCAAAGGGUUUCGAUGUGCAGCUGGACACCCCCCUCCCCCCCACAAUGUCCGACCCUGGGAAGACACAGAAUGCCAGCUUGUCACAUUCAGGGAUGGGGACUGGGGAGGAAGGGAGGGUGCACUGGUUUGAUCUGAUGUCUUGUGAAAGAAUCUUGCGAGGGCAUCUCUUCCUUCUUUCCGUUUAACUCCUUUUCCCUCCUACCUAAUUGAAGGUUUCCACUAGUUCCUCUGACUAAACCCAAUACCCUUUUGGGAGAGCGAGGGGGAGACUAAAAAUAACUCUUAAGUUGAAGUCCCUUGCCGCCAGUUCUGAAGGUUGGCCGGGUGUCUGCAUUACAUUUGAAUAUUAUCUGUGGUUUACCCUGCGCCAUAGGCACAUCUGGCGACAAGCAUAAAUAAAUUAGCAACUGCAAGCCACACGCACACGCACACGGCUAGCAAAAACACACCACCCGCGUAGCGUAGUCUCCUAGCCGGUGGCCAAGGUGACCACAGCUGCGUCAUGUGCGGCCCUUUGCCCUUGCUGCCAUGGUAGUUUAAUGGAUGCGUGCGUCGUCCAUGGAGGCACUGCUAAGAGCCAUGGGGGGGAGGUGGGUAGGGGUUAAGCCGUUUUUUCCCCAGUGAGGAAUCUGCAGGUAGCUGCCUUAAGCCCAGCCCACUUUGACGACAGAGAAUAGGCCCUCGCAUCGGAUGAAGGUCACAGGAAUGUUAGCGCGCCUCCCGCAGUCUCUCUCUCCGCGGCGAGGGGGAGACGAGAGGGGAGCGGUGAGAGUACAAAGAGAGGGGGAGAAAGAGCCACCGGGAGGGAGGGCAUGAGGGGUAAACUUAAGUACACAAAGUACACAAACCUAGGUGGUCAAAGUUGAUUUAUUAUUGCUAACAAAAGGUACACAGACAGUACAUACUGCUAGCAUGACAGGGGUCACUCAGGUGCUGCAGUGAAAGUUGAAGACAAGGGCCUCUAACCUCCCCCACAACCCCCCCGUCCCCUGACCACUUUCUUUUUCCACUCCACUCAACCUCCCUCCUCCCUCUAUGGUCUGUCUCUCCUCUCUGUUGAGUGACCUUGGCGGAUCAGUGACUAGCACUUCCUGGAGUUGGCUUGAAGCAGAACCAAGGGCAAAGUUUGCAGGGACGUUUGGUUGUUCUGACUCUAGCGGACUGAGACAAGGUCAGACUCAUGGCCUCGUUGCAGGUCAAAGCCGGCCCGGCGAUACGGCCUUUGUGUCUUUCUAGUGCAAAAGCCGCGCAAACUUGUUUUUCUUUACAGCACAGCAAAGGCUACUUGAGUACAGUGUAUUCUCUAUGAGAGUGUCACACCGGUUUAUGGCCCUGCUGUGGUUAAUGUGUAAUUCCUGACUCAGAAUCUAACUUCUCUAACUUCGUUUUUUUUAAUGUUUUGUCAAAGUAGAUCAUUUACCUGGUGUACUGUAGCCAUGCCAACACUUUACCCUUCUGGUGGGUAAGUGUUGACUUGGUGGAGAACAAUGAAUGAGCAAUGGCGAUGACUGUUGGUUAAACUUAUGUACACGGCGCUUUAUGAAUCAGGACUUCAGUUGGAAAAAUACCCCAUGGCGUGUUCUUUACUCUUCAGAGUAGAGGAUGUCUGCCGAUGCGUUUGGAGCCGGGGGCACCGAUGCCCAGCAGACCCUGCAGUCCUUCUGGCCCCGCGUCAUGGAGGAGAUCCGCAACCUCACUGUGAAGGAUUUUCGCGUGCAGGAGUUGCCUCUCGCCCGCAUCAAAAAGAUCAUGAAGCUCGACGAAGACGUCAAGAUGAUCAGCGCUGAGGCUCCGGUGCUGUUCGCCAAGGCAGCCCAGAUCUUCAUCACGGAGCUCACUCUGAGAGCCUGGAUCCACACAGAGGACAACAAGAGACGCACCCUGCAGAGGAACGACAUCGCCAUGGCAAUAACAAAGUUUGACCAGUUUGACUUCCUGAUUGACAUUGUGCCCAGGGAUGACCUCAAGCCCCCAAAACGCCAGGAGGAGGUGCGUCAGUCGGUGGCCCCGGCGGAGCCCGUCCAGUACUACUUCACGCUGGCCCAGCAGCCGGGGACAGUGCAGGUGCAGCAGCAGCAGGGCCAGCAGGGCCAGGGCACCACCACGCUCCAGCCCGGGCAGAUCAUCAUCGCACAGCCGCAGCAGGGACAGUUGCUACAAGGUGCCACUAUGCAGCAAUUACAGCAGGUGCAGGUGCAGUCACAGGGCACACCCAUUACGAGUGGCCAGGUAGCCAUGCAGGUUGGUGAUGGCCAGCAGCUCCAGAUUGUGCAGGCAGCACCUGCCCAGAGCCAGGCGGGGCAGGGCCAGGGCCAGACCAUGCAGGUGAUGCAGCAGAUCAUCACCAACACCGGGGAGAUCCAGCAGAUCCCGGUGCAGCUCAACACAGGGCAACUGCAGUACAUCCGACUGGCCCAACCGAUGUCCGGGACACAGGUGGUGCAGGGACAGAUCCAGACGCUUGGUAACGCCCAGCAGAUCACACAGGAAGUACAGCAAGGCCAGCAAUUCAACCAGUUUACUGAUGGACAGCAGUUGUAUCAGAUCCAGCAGGUGACGAUGCCCGCGGGACAGGAGCUCACACAGCCCAUGUUCAUCCAGUCGACCAAUCAGAGCGCAGACGGACAGGUCACACAGGUCACCACCGAAUGAGCUCCACGUGCCUCCCUCCCCCGUUCACUGACACAGACACAGAGACAGACACACAGACACAGACAGACACACCAGCUCACCAGAUUUCAGCAGUGGGAUUUGUCCCACUGCGUGGCAGUGGUACUGGUAGUGCUCACUCAACCAUGGUUCUGAGCGCUGUGAUGGUUUUUGUACAUACCAGGACUGGAAGGCCACCCACCUCACAUAUUUUUUUUUUUGUACAAAAAACUGAUCUUAAUAAAACAAAAAGGAACACCACCCCACCGGCAGUGUAAUGCAGUUUUACCAGUUCAACUAACACAUUAUUUAUAUACACACACGCACAUGCACACACAGUUCACCUCUCGUCCUCCUCUUGUCGUCAAUAUGAAAUCAAGUCAGUCAACAAGUUGGUGGUCCUGGUCACACCUGGAUCCCAGAAGACCAUCCUCUCCCUUGCUCCUCCCCCCACCCCGGCGCUCGGGCACGUGGGAGAUGGUCGGGGCCUUGAUUCCAGGAGCGCCUUGAGAUUUGACCCCAACCCCCUCCUGUCCCUCCUGGCCUUGUGUCUCAUCGUUCUGUGGGCUCCCUUGUAAAGAUGUAGUAGAGUUCUUCUGCUGCACCUACUGUAUUCCAGCCAUAAAGUAAUGUGUCUAAGAUUUAAUUAUUCGAUUUGAAGCCAUAUACAUCACAUUAGCUUGUUUGGAGUUGUGGAGGGGGCUUAAUGUUGACACCAGAACCCAGUAGAAGUCAAUGAUGAUGUGGAGUUAGUUUAUUAAGGUGUUUUUAGCGUGGAUUCUGGGGGAUGAAGAUGGGUCAUGAGGGUAUUUGUUCGUGCCUACGUCUGCACUAGCCCCUACCAAUGUUCAUCAGCUCUACUUUAUCAUGGUUUUCCAAUCGUCUCCGUCUCCCUCUCUCUCUACGUCCCUCCCUCAGUCUCCUGUGAAUCUGUCCUCUGCAUAACAGUGCUGUCCUAGGUCACUAUGCAGUCCCUUAUCUCCCCAUGCUCUCUCUUCAGUGGGGGGGAUUUGAAGUGCUAUUUUCAGUUUUUGUACGUUUCACAUACAAACCCAUGACUUUUUUGAAAGAAACGCCCCAUUUACCCUAUUUUUUAAACCGAACAGUUGUUUUCAAUACAUUCUUUCUCUAUAUUGUGUACAGUAAUGAUCAUUAUUAUCAAUGUUGUUAUUAUUUAGGUUUUUUUUUGCAUGUAGUUUAAACUGCCAGCAUGAUAUGCAACAAAUAGGUACAAAUUUUAUUUUUGAUGUUCCUUUUUGUAAACAGACUGUUUGUGAGAAAAAUUUAAUAAAAACCUUAACGUGC